CAGCAGCCAAACAGAGGUGGACAACAGCAGCCGGGCAGGUUUCAGCCUCCUGGAAGGGGCGGACCAAUGCGAAUGGAAUCGCCUGGCGUUCCCAAUGCUAAUGCUAGGCAGACGCCACCACGGUCCGAAGCUCGGUUAGCAGAGAUGCAAGACGCGAAAUAUCGAGUGUCGCGCGAAAUAGGAAAACGCACUGUGCAGAGAAGUUCGACGAUGCAAUUGUCUAAACAAGAAUUAAUAUCGACGCAGGACCACGGCAACACAGUGGCUUCUGGAGGAGCUGGUGGAGGUGCUAAUUAUGGACGGCCAGCUGCUUCGAAGCCGAAGAGUAGACAGGCGAGUCCAGCAGGUGGUACUUCUAGGGGCAGGACGGGUACUGCUGGUAGUGCAGGUGCAGCAAAUCCAGGACAUAGGUCAGCUCGACGUGGAAGCAGUGGUAGUCCGGGAAAGGCAAAGAGUGCUGCAAGAGGAAAAGCCUCAGCAAAACGAAAAGGUUCACCAAAAAGUGGAAAGAAGAAACCGAGUGGCUCUAUGGAAGGUACGGCGUAACUUCAAGUUUGUUCUUGCCGCCCACGAUGAUCCUUCUACUGUACUACCACUAACCCAACUUCUGACACGAAAAAAUGCACUCACCCUCAGAAAAUUAGCUACUUUCCUACUUAAAUCCUAGCCAAUUUAUUGAGUAUGAGUACACUUUUUCUUGUCAUACAACUUCAUCGAUUUUCAAAAAACUGACUUAACUAGAAGUACACGCAAAAACAAAAGAACUCCUGCUCCUCCGCCCAAGAACCCAACAAAAACCAGAUCCCAAUUCCCCGUCUUCGCAGCUGAGUGUCGCGACGCUGGAUCCUUCACCACAGACCGGCAACGAUCGUCGACAGAAAUCCGAUCCUAGAGCGGUUGAAGCCUUGACCGAACCUUUGACCGAGGAGGAACCGCUGAUGAGUUUUGAACGGCGCUUGUCUGAGACUUCGGGUGGUUGUACUACAGGAGAGGGCGUGGGCGUUGAUCAUGCUGGUGGUGUGUAUAAUUUAGUAGCGUACGGCGACAAUCAACAUCAAGAACUUAUGCAAGGAGCACCAUCUUCUUCUCAAGCUACUGCUGUCGGUGUGGGAGCAGCACUUCUCAAUAGGAAAACAGCACCAGCAGCUGCAGCGCCAACGACGUUUUCUGGUACUCCUGUUAGUAGUACAGGACCACUUAGUUGUCAGCAGUUGUAUCAGAAUCAGUCACCACGUCAAACGGUUUCCUUUCAGGCUACAUCAACAACUGGCCAGAUUUCACACACUAUCAAUGGAUUGCUUCCACCGACAACAACAAGUCGUGUAAGACCUGAAGGCGAGACGAAUUACCAGCGAGCUAACCCGUCCACUGCAAGCUCCACCUAUAGAGGAGAAAGCACUAAUAGGAGUGUGAAUUCUCAACAUUCUCAUUCUGCAAAAAUCACAACGGCAGUUCAACAACCAAGUAUGAUCAAUCAUGCUCACCAGCAACAAGAUCAGCAUCAGCAACAAGAACAGCAGCUUCACGAGGUUUUGAGUUUAGACCUCCACAUCAAAAUUCCAGCGGCUACCUCUACGUCAUUUCCUAGGCAGUAUUGGCCGAAAAGCGCUGCAGAACUGAGGAGUCGUUUAAGUUGGGCUUUGGGACUGAGAUUGGACGAUACUGGAGGUGGAUCUUCAGUAUCAGUUCCUUAUGGAGGUGGAGCUUCUGACCGAUCUGCAGGAGUAGACCUCAACCUAUUCUUCCAGGGCACGGAAAUCAACGUAGACAAUGUUGGUGAGAACGUCCUCGAGCACUUGGCAAUAGCAGAACCGGCAGGAGGUCAUCGGAACGUGCUACACGAAAUAGCAGAAAGUCUAGUUUUCAACUCUGAUGGUGGCAUCAAGAGUGUAUCUGACGAUGGCACUACUGCUGCGGAUCCGCUAUCGGAAAGAGUGAGAGUGGAAUUGCUGACCUACAGGCGUGCUCUAGAGGAACAGGAAAAGACGCUGCAGACAUUGCGAGCACACUUUUUAUGAACUCUGAGAGUGAGAGUGAGAGAUGCCAAGAAAUCUAAAUAUUUAAAUAUGAGUAUGCUGAGUCAGCCUGAGCCUGACUCAGUACAACAUCGACGUGGUCAAUCUCAAUAUCAUUUUUGUGAUUUUAAGGACGUAGAGCUAGAGCUAGAGUAGCACUUCAUCUGCAGCCACUUGAGCAGUACUACACUGGUAGAGAUUGAGGUCUUAUAAAUAUCUUGUUCCCCUUUCCCAUGCCCAUGCAAUGUCACCCUCAGCCCACUCUUCAUACCCAGCCGAGCAAGAGGCUUCGCACCAUGAAAGGCACAACGAGGUAAAACAAAUGAGUGCGGAUCUGGAACAGCAAUUGGAGCACUUCACACAGAAACACACCGACUCUGAGGAUGCGAGACUAGAAUUAGCGCAAGAGCUGAUGCAAGCGAAGGAGUUGAUGGAGUUAUGAUGGACUUGAUGCGGUUUUGCUUGUCCUUCAGAAUAGGAAUGUACUCGUUAUAUGCUAGAAGAAGACGAAGGUGCAAUUAGUUGAUGUUGAAAUACUAGACGGACAUACUUACAACUGUACAGGGAACUACUAAGCAGUUGCUCGUCUCGAUUUGAAACCAAUAUGAAUUAUGUCUCCUUUAACACACAGCCUCGACAAAGACAAUGAAGAGCAGCGGAACCAGAUUGAUAUGCUGAAAGAGCAAGUGGAGAAGAAUGAGGUAAGGAAUUUUGUAGCCACCCUAAGUAAGUAAAUAAGGAAUUUUGUAGCCACCCUAAGUAAGUAAAUAAGGAAUUUCGUAGCCACCCUGCGUAAGUAGGUACUGGCGAAUAAAUGGUAAAGUAAGUAGUCGCGCUCGUCUAGCUCCUACUUCGCAUAUUCGCCCCAAAAAGAACAACGUCUUGAUACAACUCAAUACAACUCCACAUUCUUUCAGGCCUCCAUCUCCACCCUCUCUACCGCGAAAGAAGCAGCCGAGCUCAGAGCCGCGAAUUAUGAGACGGAGAAGCAAGCGGCAGAAACCAAUCUAAUGCGACUUCAAGGCGCCAACGACGAGGAGAAACGCGAUUUGGCUAAAAAGAGGGACGAACUUCUGAGUCACACACUGAAAAUCAAGGAAGAACAGGCUUCAGCGAGCAAGGCUGUGCUGGAUGCCAAGAACGAGGCGAAACAGGCACUGUUGGAGAAGGACGCAAUGAGGGCAGAUAUGCUAGCGGAAAUUAUGGUGAAGGGUUGGUAUCAGAAUUGUUGAGUUGGUUCUCUGGGUUUCUUGAGGCGCACUGAACAUUUGAUUUCUAGACGUAGACCGUAAGCGUAUCCAUCGCAUGUGUAGAAGUUGUUCUUGUUGACUCAACAUGAUCAAGAAUCUCGAUGACAAACGUAUUCGUAACCGUCAAGAUCUUCCUCUAACUCCCGAGAGAAGAUGCUUUCCAUGGUGGUCAAGGAGUCUCAAGAGCGCUUGCAGGCUGAACAACGAAAACAGCGCGAAACCGAAACUCAGUUGCAAGCAUUCUAUGAUGAACAGGAGCAAGAGUGGGUGAAGCUGCUGCAAGAACGGCAGGAUGAGCUCAAAAAGAAGGAAUUGGAGUAUGCGAGAAAGCUGAAACUUGCUUUGGACAAGAAACAUCACGAACUGAGCGCUGAGAAUCAAGAUGAGCAGAUAAGGGUGAAACAGGUAUUAUAAAUGAGUUGUGUUAUUCAUCUGUAGCUUUUGUUACAGACAGAGACAUGUUGUAGCGCUUGCGCACGUGGUUCAUCACGCACAACUUAAAGUAAGUUGAUUCUCAUUUUUUCGUACAAUCCCACCCGCUGCACUCCCACACUACAAUCGCAAUUUCCAGGAAAACAGCGAUUUGAAGUCUCGCUGUGGCCGCUUAGAGUCUCUGAUGCGAACACUGAAGGCCGAAAUCGAGCAGCAUAAAACCGAACGCUCAGCCUUGAUGUUGGAUCGACAGGAAUGCUCGACCAAGCUUCAAAGAGCUUUAGACUCCAAACGGGAUUUGCAGAACGCGGUCGAAACUUUGAAAGUACGGAUGGCAGAGGAACUUGCGGGAAAAGGAGACCAGAAUUUGAGCCUUUCUCGUGUGGAACAACAAGGUAGCUUUUUGUCGGUGACAUCAUCUGAUAUGAUGUCGAACCGAGGUGGUCCUAGUAUGUUGGCAUCUGGAAGGUCAUUAGCAGCGUCAUCUAGAGGAAGUCCUAGGAGUGCUCGCGGUGCAGGCAGUAGACCGAGAAAUCUGGCGCACGGUGUCAGUAGCAGAGGCGUUGUGGUUGGGAAUCAGCACACCAGAAGGGAGGCGGAUGGAGGCGAAGGAGUUGGUAGUACGCCCACCACCAUAGUUCCUUCCUCCUCGAGUAGGAGCAGUAGCAAGCGACAAGGAUCCCACGCACAGGCCUCAGGGGUUCAUCUCUACGCCGUCUCGGCCGACACAGCGACACCAGGAGGUCGUUCGCCUGCAAUUUCCCCAGCACAGCAACAGCUGACACAAGCGCCAGCCGGCUCCUCUAGUUCCAUCGCUUUCGCAGACGAGCUUAGAAGUAACAAAGAGGAAACAACAACAAGAACUUCAACGUCUAGUCGUGGAGAUAAAAAACAAAGUAGGAUUCCGAUUCCUACUUCGACUGCUUCUGGUGCCCUCACUAAGGCCCCUGCUGCAGACGUCCAUCCUGAAAAUACACCCAACGCUUCUAACGCAGAUUCAGCACAAGAGGAAGAUUAUCAGAGGUCUCUGUCCAUAGGUAGUUCGAUUCCGUCUGAGGAACAGCACAUGUUCAGUCCUCAGGAGAACAACAGAGCAACUACCUCGAGCUCAUCUCCUCAAGGAUUAGGACCCACAGCUGCAGGCCAACAACAACUUGGAGUACCAGCAUCAUUGUCAAAUUCCAAAAUAACCACAACAUCAUCUAGUGGGACCACUACAGCUGUUACGACAUCAUCACCAGUGGGCGGUACUAACCAAGAAGCUCCUAGUAGUACGGCCACCACAAGUCGUUUCAUGUUGAAUAAGCCUCCAGGGACGUCACUUCAUCUGGGAUCCUCCACGCUAGCCUCAAAUGGAUUCUCUACGAGUUUGCUGAAGCGACCACCAGUAAUUGGACUCACAACUACUACUGGUGGCAGCACGGCUACUACUAGUAUGACUCCACCAGGCAAUUUUCGUAGCACCCUUAAUGGCGGUGGCACAGGACCUCCGAUGAACUUUUUUACAACUAGUCAGCGUCCAGCUAGUACUGGGAGAGGGUUCGUGGGUUCUCGUUCUCGUGGGAAUGUUAAUAACAAUGCUGGACAAACAUCACAACCCCAAGCACCGCAUAGCCAACAACUACCUACAAACCAAGUAGACCAUGUGACAGCAGGCAACGCCCUCUCUGCUUCCGCACAUAGUGUGCUCACAACUGUGACAACUAGCAAGGUAAGCACUGGGUCGGCGGGACCAGGAGUUCUUAUCGUUGGAAAUGGAAUGGCGCCUGUUGCUAGUGGCUCUCAGCCUAUCUCCAAUGGAAUAGUACACCCGCUCCCACCACAUCCACACCGACAAAACCAGAAUGGCCUGCCACCAGGCUCACAUCUUCCAAUUCAGCAAAGACUCACCUCGGCAAGACUACCACCCAGUCCGCAUCCCGAAGUACAACACGCAAAUGCACUAGAUUUUUCCACCCUAUCCGCAGUACCCCAGCAUCAAGAUGCCUCUCCACAUAACACUGUUUUGUCGGCGUCAGCUGGUGGAUUGUUGUAUAAUGAAAACGAUCUGUCGUAUUUCCAUGACGCAGGAGCGUCAACCAAUGCAGCUGGUGGGGGUAAUAUUACACCACAACAAGUAGUAGAUAUGCCAGGAGUAGGAACAGGAGCAGUAGUAGGAGUAGGUGUCCAGCAUCAACAUCAAUCGCUAACUCCAACAUCAUCACAACAGCUAAUUAUGAGCGGCAAUGGUCAUCUCGUUGCUGCGAGUGGCGCAGUAGUUGCAGGAGCUCAUCCAACUGCACUAGCCGUACCACGACCACCAGGCUCGUCUAUCAUCAAUUCUGCCGCUACAACAACUGCUGCUCUGCCUGCUGCUACGGGUUCUAUUUCCAUGGAUGUUCAGCACCAGCAAGUGUUGCAUCACUCAGCCCUAUCCGCUUCCGGUAUGCAUAGCUUGAACAACAGUACCCACAACGCCUUGCACACAUCGUCUGGCAUGCUCAAUCGAAGUAUGUACUCUGUUCUGUCACAGUCGCCUGGCACUGUCCAACCCGGUGGUGGUUCAGUGGUGGUACCUCCUAGUUGUACGGCAGCUGUACCUGCUGUAGCAGACCAAAAGCUAGCAUCUCUGCUAGCAGAACACAAAAGCAUGGAAGAAUUGGUGGAGCAAAAGAAACGCGAAAUCUUGGAAAGAAAAAGUAGAGCGUCCUCUCGCGUCGGGGAAUUAGAUAGAAGUAGGGCCGGAAGCUCAGCGACACAAGGGUCAUCAUAAUAAUGAACUAGUCUAGUUGUACUUGUAAUAUUUUUGACAACUUGAACUUUUCACAACUAGCAAAACUACUAGAAAAAUAAGGCAAGAACAUUCUCAUGCUUCGAAUUCUUACGAAUGACGAUAAUACCCGUAGAUAAUUAUUUCUAUUCAUAUUUCAUGCACAGAGAUAGAGAUACAACAAUGCUAUCGAUAUCGUAUAAUGCACAAAUAAUAAUAGUAGUAAUAGUUUUCGAGGAAGAUGAACUUGAACGAUAAGGAUAACCAGGAUACGGACAAGGAUAGAUAUCAAGAUCUACAACAUCCUUCUUCUUCUAUUUGAUAAAUUCAUGCUAUGGCAAAGCAAAAAGUGCUGCCCUCUUCACGAUAUUCAUUCUUAAUCUUAAAAAAUGAACUUUUUUAUCACGUUCACGCUCGGUCGUUGACGUUGAACUACCUCAAAAAAUCAACAUCAUUCAUGGUCAGGAAGAGAUUGAUUUUCCUUCUUGUUUCAGUCUUGUACAGCUACACUAAGAUUGAUCUCGUCCGCGAUGGGCGUUUAAAAUCAAACAUCUUCCAGUGCGAGCAGUGUAAUUUCUGAGUAUGUCCCAUGCCUAUCGUUUUUCAUUCUACACUGCAUCUGCAUUGCCGAAGCAAGGAGCUCUGUCAUGCUGUCGUCCGUAUAUGCGCACAUGCGGCAGUCUUCAGUGAAAC